CCCAAAAUAAGUUGUGAUGCUUUUCUUCACCCAGUGCUUUGGGGCUGUAUUAGAUCUCAUCCACCUCCGGUUUCAGCACUACGAGGCGAAGAGGGUCUUCUCAGCUGCCGGGCAACUCGUCUGUGUUGUCAACCCAACCCACAACCGUAAGCCUGUCCCCGCCAGACGCCCCAUCGCCCAAGGCUCCCCGGACCAAGAUGACUUCCACCUUCAUCGCCACCACCUUCACCACCACCACCGCCACCACCCCCACCUCCGCCACCAAGAGCCCGCGCGGCCGGGUGGCCCCCCGCUGACUCCGUGCCCCCUCUUCUCCUGCCAGUGGGAGGGCCACUUGGAGGUGGUGGUCCCCCACCUACGGCAGAACCACAGGGUCAACAUCCUCCAGGGCGCGGAGAUCGUGUUUCUGGCCACGGACACGCACCUGCCGGCUCCGGCCGACUGGAUCAUCAUGCACUCUUGCCUGGGCCACCACUUUUUGCUGGUGCUCAGGAAGCAGGAGAGACACGAGGGCCACCCCCAGUUCUUCGCCACCAUGGUGCUGAUCGGGACCCCCACGCAGGCCGACCGCUUCACCUACCGGCUGGAGCUCAGCAGGAACAAGAGGCGUCUCAAGUGGGAGGCCACGCCAAGGUCCGUCCUGGAAUGCGUGGACUCGGUCAUCAAGGAUGGCGACUGUCUGGUCCUCAACACUUCCCUGGUCCAGCUCUUCUCCGACAACGGCAGCCUGGCCAUCGGGAUCGCCGUGACCGCCAGCCGGGUCCACGCCGCCGAAGCCGAGAUGUAGCGACGCGAGCCCUUGGCCGGGCCACUGAGCGACGGGGCUCCAGACUUCUUCCGAUGGGUCUCAGGUCUUUUGGGGUAUUUAGUACUCGCCCCGCGUGGGCACUGUAUUCUGUAAAACAGCCUGUGAUUUAAAGUCUCGGUGUCACGUGUUCCCUGUUUCGUCGAUGCGAUUUUAUGAAGCGUUUUAAAGAUGUGUAUUCGGUCAGAUUGUUCGCUGCGCCCAUAGCCACAAAGCCUAUGGGACUAAAGUUGCUCUGGCUGGAAAGAGGGACGGAGCGACUUUUGAAGCCCCGUGAGCUCAUUCCUUCCAUACUCUUCUUGUCCACUUUGUGACCGGCUGAACAUCGGGCUCCUGGCAUCAGCAGGUAGGGAAGAAAUCCCAGGAAAAACAACGAUGACCUAGAGUAAAUAGCCUGGGCUUGGGAUUCAGAAGCCCUGGCUUCUGAUCCUGUCUCUGCUGCUUGCCUCUUCUGUGCCUCCCUCCGCCACCUACACUAGCCCCGAGCGGGUUUGAGAUUCGACCCGUUCGUUGAAAUCUCAUGAUGCCCGGCUCUGGGGUGGCGGGGUGCCGAGGGACAUCGAGAGGACCAGCCCAGCGGGGAGGGUGAAGGUGAGAGGCUGGCAAGGACCAGAAGGGCGGGAUUGUAGGCUUUCCGGGACCGAUAUUCUGCGGAAUUUGUACCAUCACCCAGCUCAACAAGGCUUCACCCUGAUAAGCUGAUUGAACUAUCUUGAAACUAUCUGAAGCACAGGAACCCAGGUCCUGAGAAGACUCUUCAUAUGCAAAUUAAAAGAUAAUGUGGCAGGUGUACACGUAUCAGAAAAAAAAUAAAAAGGUUUGGACUCAAUGACAUCAAUGUGGAAUCGAUCUGACUUUUCCAAAAAAAGAACCAACCCCAAACCAUAACCCUACCAAUUUGGGGCAAUGCCCAGGGCCAAAGACUCUACCCAAACGGUGUGGAAAUGCCCUUGGAGCGAGUCUAGAGAUUGAAAUAAAC